CGAAGGGAGGUCUCAGAGUUGAAGCGCAUCCCGCACUUCUCUUGGACCAAAGUGGAAAGCUGGAUUUGAAGCGAGCUGCGGCGUUGAUGCCAAAGCCUAAUUUUGCUACAGUAAAAGCAAACCAAAGGGCAGCCCCUGCGGCGUCUAAGCAAGAACUUAAAGUAGCAGCUUCUGAAGAAAUGACCGACGUUACCCAAAAUCCGUAUUUUGAUCCUAGAGCUGGCAAUAUCGCACCACAAAGGCGUAUUCGUAAGAGGUUCAAAUUUGUGUCUAAGGGUAAAUACGAAACUCUGGGAAACCAGAUGAGAGCCCAGGCCAAACUGGAAAAGUUGAAAUCAGAGAUCGCCGAAAGUGUCAAGAAAGCUGGAAUGGAGGCAGAGCUAGACUCGCUGGACAAAGCUAUCAAGGUAUUAAAUAUUCUGAUUCUAGCAUUGACUAAAACGUAUAAUGACAUUGAUGCUGGGCUAACCAAAAUCGAGGAUGAGGAUUCACUUAUUACCUGGUUUGUUCAACACCCGGUUCCCAUUAAACCCCCAGGAUAUAAUGGACCCCCACCGCCAAAACCAUUGAUCUUGACUAAAAAGGAACAAAAAAAGCUGCGCAAACAACGUAGAUUGGAGUUACAGAAAGAAAAGCAGGACAAAAUUCGCCUUGGAUUGUUACCUCCUGAUCAACCUAAGGUCAAAUUGAGUAACUUGAUGAGAGUACUCACAAAUGAUGCUAUUCAGGAUCCAACUAUGAUUGAGGCUAAGGUUCGCAAAGAAAUGCAAAAACGACAUGAAACGCAUUUGAAAGCAAACGAAGAACGCAAGUUGACAGAUGAACAGAAAAGGGAAAAAAGAAAGCGGAAGUUAGAAGAAGAUUCCAAGAAAGCUACUAUAAUUUGUGUUUUCAAAGUCAAUGACCUCUCCCACCCUAAAAUGAAAUUUAAAGUUGACACGAAUGCUCAACAACUUGGGCUUACGGGUACUGUAAUUAUUAAUCCAAAUUUUGCCGUGAUCAUCGUGGAAGGGGGACCUAAAGCGAUAAAAUCUUAUAAGAAAUUGAUGUUAAGACGCAUUGACUGGUCCGAUACAACCAGAUUAGGAGAAGCUAGUGGUGAUCAAGCAACCGAGGAACAAAUGGUGCCAGUUAAAAAGAAUAAAUGUUCUUUGAUUUGGGAAGGAGAGGUUAAAGAGCAUAGAUUUAAAGGUUUUUGGUUUAAGACGUGCCUUACCGAGAAAAUGGCGCGUGAUUACUUGAAGAAACAUAAGGGAGAACAUUACUGGGAUUUGGCAGCGAAGUAUUCCGAAGAAGAAUUUGAGUUUGCUAAUGCUCUUUAA